AUGAAGCGAUCGACCUCCAACAACAACCUCCAACAAGCGCCUCAUACGACGAACCAUGUACGAACAACCUCCGGCUCACGCAUGUCCCUCGCGCCUGGCCGACCCUCGCAACCAGUCUUCCAGCGCUCCUCAUCCGGCAACAAUCUAGCGGACAUGGGCGGCUUCUCUACAGUGCAACGACCGAGCACCGCGAACUUCUUGGGCAGCAACAUGACUGGUAGGAAGAGUUAUGCGCCUGUUGCGAGCACGCCUAUGAAUCCAAGCACAGCAAUGCAGGACAGCACGGCGAGAAGAAGCAGUGUGUAUAGCGCGCGGCCAUCUGCUGCGUUUGGACCGACCGCGCAUCAGUCUUUCUUCACGACGGCGCCUCCACCGAAUGCUGCGCCAGUAGACCCCAGGAGACUUCGAAACCCGACCGUGAAGGCGCAGAUGUCACAAGACAUAUCCGAAUUUCUGGCGCAACGCAACUUUGAAAUGGAGACGAAGCAUACACUGCGACCUGAUAGCAUGAGCAAUCCGACGAAGAAGGACUUUGCAGAGAUGUUCCAGUUUCUCUACCACUGCAUCGACCCGUCAUACCGCUUUCGCGACAAGAUUGAGAACGAGGUGCCCGCGGUGAUGAAGCAGCUGCGAUACCCAUUCGAAAGGAGCAUCACAAAGUCGCAGAUCAGUGCAGUGGGCGGGAGCAACGGCUGGCCGACUUUCCUGGCUUUACUACACUGGAUGAUGCAGCUUGCAAAGAUGAUGGAGUCGUAUUCGACCGGUGCUUACGACGAUGCUUGCAUAGAAGCGGGCUACGACGUGAGCGCGGACCGCAUUACAUUUCAGUUCCUGUCCGACGCGUACAAGGAGUGGCUUUCGAUCGAGGACGACGAUGAUGACGAUGAAGAGGCGAAGCGAAGGAUACAGCCACAUAUCGACAAUAUGGCGGCGAAGUUUGAGCAAGCGAAUCAGGCGAAUCUGGAGCAGAUGAAGCAGCUGGAGGAAGAGUCAAAAGCACUGCAGGAGCAGAUUGACGAGCUGGCAAAGUCUGCACCGAAGCUGGCCAACCUGGACAAGGUCACGAAAGUGCUUGAAGACGAUCGCGUGAAGUUUGAGACCUACAACCAGGGAAUCGAGAACAAGAUCGACAAGUACAGCAAUCGGGUACAACUUCUGCAACAGGAGAUCGAGAAGUGUGAGCAGGAACUGCACGAAGCUGAAGACGAGCGCAACGACAUCCAGCGGAAGGUCGAUGAGCAGGGUCUGAGUGUGCAAGACAUCGACCGGAUGAACACCGAGCGCGAACGUCUGCAGAAGGGCGUCGACAGCACAGCCGUCCGACUCGACGAAGCCAAAGAGCGGAUGCAGAAGAAAGAAGCCGAGACGGGCAGCAGACUCGACGACCUAGAGUCGAUCGUACAAAAGUACAACAGCCUAGGCUACGCCAUCGACAUCAUCCCCCUCACUGCCAAAAACGCCCACAGCUACGAGCACGAGUUGAAACUGACCAUUAACGCCGGUCCCGACUUCUCCGCCUCGCAGAGCCAACACGCACAGCAAUCCGACCGCCUUCUCGCUUCCGCCACCCAAGGCUACCGCGCCAACGACAUCCUCCACUCUGACCUCAAAGCCGCCAAGAAAGCGCUUCAAGACCUGCGCAAAGAGAUCUCCGAGCGACGAAACGCAGCUUUCGAAGAAGACCUCAAAAAGGUCGAAAUGCUGCAGUCCACCGAAGAAGCUCUGGAAGACAAAGCCGCGGAGCUGGAAGGGCUGACGCAUCGCGUGAGAGCCGCGAACGAGGAGUUCGAGAAGAGUCGCGAGAUUAUUAAAAUGCAGGACAUGGGCUCCGACGCGCAGAUUGAGCGGCUGGAGAAGGAGUUGAGUAAGAUGCGGAGCGAGUUGACGGAGAGCGUGCAGUUCUGGGAGCAGAAGGAGAUGAAUACUGAGCUUGAGUACGAACAACUCACCCUCCGCUCCUCGGCCCUGCGCGAGGAGUUACACACGGAGUUGGAAAGGAUGUUGAAUGAAGUUAUCCAGUUCAAGAUCCAUAUCCAAGGGAGUCUGGAGGCUUAUGAGGAUUUCGUCGCGCAGGAGGUUGAGAGGGAGUGGGGGGAGCAGGAGGCUGGGAGCGCGGCGGGAGGCGUUGAUGGGGAUGAUCGGAUGGAGGAGUAA